GUCAUGACACUGUCAGAUAAGUCAACAGGGAAGUGGAUCGUGUUGAGCUGACCAGGAACUCAGUCUCUCACUUGAGCUGAGCAGACCGAGACAACACAAAAACAAAAACAAAGGCUGAAUGGUCACCAAACUGCUGGCAGCAGAAGGGGACACGUACCGCCGGGAGUUCGGUUAAAAGAGAAAAGAAGGACAGAAACAAACCGCAGUUUAAGAUGAAUAUGACAAGGAAAAACGUGCAAUACAUGUUUUUUGGCACCCUGGCGGUGAUGAUCAUCUUCAUUGUCUAUCUCAACUUUGACCAAACGUGGGAGAUUUGGAACAAUGCCUUCAGGAUGAACAUCAUAAAUUUUGUCUUUUUAGCAACUACUCCAGAAGCACCGUCGACAACAAUAUCUACAACAGAAGAACCACACUGGGAAGAUCCUGGACCAUUUCAUGUGGCCUAUCCAGGGAAUUACAAAUUCAUCAUGGAUGACACGCCAGUGUGUAAGACCAGGGAUCCCUUUGUGAUUUUGAUGGUCCCCGUUGCACCCGGUGAGGUGAAAGUUCGGGACGCCAUUCGAGAGACAUGGGGCAAUGAGAAAAUAGUUCUGGGUCAGGUGGUGGACACCCUCUUCAUACUGGGUCGGCCUGGAGGAGCUGAUGCGGAGCAGAUGCAAGAGAAGCUCCAGCAGGAGAACCAGGAGCACCACGAUCUGAUUCAGAGCAACUUCCGGGACAGCUACUACAACCUGACCAUCAAGUCCAUGGUCAUGCUGGAGUGGCUGGUUGCAAACUGCAAUAACAGCGCUUACUUCAUAAAGAUCGACUCCGAUACAUUACUCCAUGUCCCAAACUUGGUUAAACUUCUGAUGGACCCGAGCACGGCCAAACAGAACUACAUGUCCGGUUUGGUUUGGUGGCACAGCCCAGUUAUAAGAGACUCAAACAACAGGUUCUUUCUGCCACCCGAGAUCAUUGCCGAGCCAGAGUACCCACCUUAUCCUCUGGGCAUGUCCUACGUCAUGUCCCUGGACCUCCCACGCAAAAUUUUAGGUAUCUCCACUCAGAUUAAACCAAUCUACAUCGAAGACGCCUACAUGGGUAUGUGUCUGAAACGCCUGGGCAUUUCCCCCACUGAACCACCCGCACCCGGUAUGUAUUUAGUCGCCCCCAAGCAUCCGCUGAGCAACUGCACCCUUUCAAAAGCCGUCGUUGUGAUGACGACGGGCAUACCAUUGAUGAAGAAUUACUGGGAGAGGACCAAAGACCCGGACCUUACAUGCUGAACAUAUGCCACUGCAAAAACUCAAAAUCUUGCCAAGUUUAUUUUUCUAAUUGCUAGUCAAAAUAUCUCAUCACACCUUUAAUCCCCUAAAGAGUAAGAUACAGUGAGAUAAAGGAGCUUGUUUUUAGACAGUGCAUCUUGAAUAUCUUGUUAAGUGGAACAGUAACAGUGAAAACAUGUUAUUUGGAGUCACAGCUUUUGUGACACGUCAUAAGGUUGUUAAGCUGUUGUGUUAUUUGCAUUGAAUUGAGACAACAAACCUGCUUUAUUUAAAACUACAUGGUCAACAUGCCCGACUCACAACUCACAAGGCACAGAACAGUGUGGCUGUUUUUCUUACGUAGGUGGUGGACUUAAAUCUAGAACAGUGUCACAACUAAACAUUAGUUAAAUACACUUAACACAAACAGGAUGACAAAAAAAGAUGCUACCUUUGAGGGGAAACUACUAUUUUUGAGCAUCACAAGCUUAUGCUGAGACAUAAGACAUCACAAUACUCGUAAAAUAUAGCUGAAAAUGAGUUUUUCCAGCUGAUUUCAAGAUCACCCUAAUCUUGUAAGGUUUAAAUAUAAUGUCUUAUUUCAAUAAAUCUUACCAAGAGACUUGAGAUUUGUUUUAUUGGCAAAAAAAAUAAAAAUAAUACAAGAUAUUUUUUGCUUGUAAUAAGCAAAAAUAAAUCUUGUAUUAUUAUUUUUUUUUUGCUUAUUUUUGGAGAGGCCUUUUUUCCAGUGUGAAGACUUGAAUUUAGUUUUUUUGGGGAUGGGGUUAAUGUCUUUGAUUAUACAUGAGCCCAUAAAAAAAAAGAAAAAGAAAAAUCUAAGCUAUAGAAAAGUCUGCAUAAAAAUGGAUUUGUAGAGCUCUAGGUGGGGAGUGUAGACAUAACAAGGGUAGCCAAAGAGUUUAUCUUAAAAUAGGAUUCAGUCAAUAAAUAGGAUUUUGUCUUAUUUUUUUGUAAAGCUGCCACAAAAUAGCAUUUGUAAAGUGUUAUGUUAUUUGUGAAAUCAUGGGAUUUGGCCUUGUUUCGUGUGUUUUUUUAAUGGGGGAUUUCUUUUUGAAACGGUAAACUGAAGUUGCUUUGUGAAUGUGAACAAAUGUACUGCUGUACCAUAGGGCUGCUCAGGGCAUGUGGGAAAUUCUAGAUCCGUUAUUAGGGACACCAUCAGAUGUGUUUGUAUUAUUUAUAUUGAAAAUGUAAAAAAAGUGUUUCAUUGAAGUGUAAAGGUGAACUGUUUUAUACUUUGAGAUAACAGCGGGACCGUUUGGAUCUGGUUUGUGUUUCUGCACUGCUGUGAUUUCACCACGGGGGGGCAGGAAAACAUCACAUUCAGUCUGCAUCGGUGUCUGUUGAAUGCUCCUCAACAGAGACACAAGAGUUUAUGGACAAUCACACUGGCAAAGUUGAAUUUGGCUCCUUUUUUAUGCUUUGAUGUGUACUAAAAGAUCACGUGACACAAGAAAACAAACCUAGUCAUGGUUGUGAUAUUUAAUUUAAUCUUUAUUUAUGUAUACUCAUUUUCUUGAAUGGAAACAGAGCAAAUGUCUUCAAAUGUCAAGUUUUCACCCUCGAUUGCGGUGGAAAAGUUGGCACAUUGAUAAAAAGGUGAUUGCAAAUGAGUGCUCAAAUGAGUGAAUAAAAGGUCAUGGUCA